AUGGCAGAAUACACUGCAGGAGCCAGAAUUCGAAGGAAAAGAGUUACAAACUCGAAGGACGUCGAUGAUAAAGGAAGCCUUAACGACGGCUUGUUGAGUCCGUCUGACAUGAUAAGCACGGGAGACGCUAGUAGCAGGAGAGCAAGCAAGAGCCGCGAUCUGGACCCUUUGUAUGACCCAAAUCAAGAUGGCCAGGACCCGGAUGAUGACGAUCAGUUCUCCCUAAGAAUUUCCAAAGACGGUCGGAGGAAACGGGCUCUCGACCCAACGUAUAUUCCCGGCAAGAAUGACGUCGGUGAAGAAGAAGAUGAUGAUGAUGAGUAUAUUCCAACGGGCCUACGACGAAAGAAGAGAAGAAUUUUGGACCCUGCCUUCGUUCCUGACAAAGGCGACGAAGAUCAGGACAUAUUUCUAGAUUCGUCAAAGAAGGGCAAGGGCAGGACUACAGAAAAUCGAACCACGAAAAGGAAAGCGAAUUCUGAAAUUGGAGCAGGGAAUCUACCUACUCCUAGCAAAGAGACACCUCGACCCGCGAAAACGAUGAAGACUGAACCGACAUCACCUCCAAGAGUCCCAGUUUUACCGGCUCUCACGGAUCCUCAAUAUGAUACCUCUGACGGAAAAGCGGCCAUUAAAAAUUCGUGGGAGCUUGUAAACGCCAGAACACAGCCAAACCACCCCUUAAAGGUGAAAGCGAUGAAGAUACUCAACAAGAUUGCAGAAGAUAGAAAUAGAGCCUUCUUCGCGCUCGUCAAAGCUCAUCAACGCUCUCGGAAAAGUUAUGCGGCCCAUUUGGCAGGUAAUACAAAUGACGAGGCUCAUACCCAGGGCAUGGCAGACUCCUCGAGGAGAAGGAACAAAACCUCAGACGCCGUUGCGAGGCAUUCAGACUCUACUGCGCAAGUGAAUGAUACUUCAUUGACUCAGGAAGAUGAGGCAGACACUUCUGUACCAGAUCUUUCCCAGGAAAGAGCGAAGCGCUGGGCAAAUGCUGUCAAUGUGCCCAAGGGUCUAUGGAGCGAAGUGGAGAAACAACUUUUCUAUCGGAUCGCCAUGAGAGGUUUCGAACCUUUGCUUCCUAAGCAGUGGCAUUAUGACUUCUCCACACUCCCGAAUCCUCUGUUCGCUGUUUCGGGUGAGAACCCGGCGUCGUUGAUCAAUGCAAUCAGAGGCUCGGAAUUCUACGCAAUCAGGUCGCUUUCCGAUUUAUUCUCUCUCGGCGGCUAUGUCAGAGACUGCAAUCUGGUGCAUCGUCGACCUGAGCCCAUCAUAAAACGAGCAAUUAGCAAGUACAUUCGUUGGGCCGUGUAUGAUGCAGGUCUACAUGUCAGUUCAGAAGCAAUACCAUUGUAUACAAUAGGCGCUAGGAAGAGAAGAGAAAGUACCGUCAACGCUGUGGUGAAAGUGAACCGACGUCUACAAAAGCUGGCGGAUCGAUUUCGAGGUGCUUAUGGGCUUGCAUCCGCUACGAAAGAGCUUGGGGUACCUGCCAGUAGACCAAAAGCAAAAGCACCUAUGCCCCCUCUUCUGACAGGUUUUGUUAUCAGCGGCCCAGUGGUUGCCAUCUUAACCCGGAACACCUACCCUUCCGCUGCAAAUGGCCAACGCGGAACUGAAGACAGCCACUUCAUCUGCCAACUCGACCUCAGUGAACAGGGUCAAGAUGUGUGGAACUCACUUGCAGUGGCAAUAUCUGUCAUGCAUAUCCGCAACACCAUGAUGGAGCUUGCCGAGCAUGAUUUGGCAGGCUUGUGCAGAUUCAAUGCGGAUGCACAUGUUGUAGUGGACCAAGAUCUGUGA